GAAAAAGAAUUAGUGAACUUGAAUAUAGGCCAAGCGAAAUUUUUCAAGAUAAAAUACUGAAUUUCAAAGGGUAACAACUUCCUCUGAGGAGAGAUGGGAUGGGAAAAAAAGAAGGAAAAAAAGAAAAAGUAAAAGGUAGAGAAAAAAGAGCAGAGCAUCCAAGAACUGUGGGACAAUAUGAAAAGGUAUAAUAUAUAUGCAAUUGAAAUAAUAGAAGAAUAGAGGCAAAAUGUCAGAAGAAAUAUCUGAAAAGACAAUUGCUGAGAAUUUUCCAAAAUUAAUGGAAGACAACAAAUCACCAACCUAAACGUUUAGAGAAGCCCAAGCAGAAUACAAAGAAAAACACACAUAGGGACUUCCCAGGUGGUGCAGUAGUUAAGAAUCCACCUGCCAAUGCAGGGGACACGGGUUCAAGCCCUGGUUCGGGAAGAUCCCACAUGCUGCGGAGCAACUAAGCCCCUGUGCCACAACUACUGAGCCUGCGCUCUGGAGCCCAUGAGCCACAACUACUGAGCCCACGUGCCACAACUACUGAAGCCCGCGCACCUAGAGCCCAAGAGAAGCCACUGCAGCGAGAAGCCCGCGACGAAGAGUAGCCCCCGCUCGCCGCAACUAGAGAAAGCCCGCGUGCAGCAACAAAGACCCAACACAGCCAAAAAUAAUAAAUAAGAUAAAUUAAAAAAAAAAUUAAACCAGGAGUUUGAUUUCCCAAGGCUAUCACUCUACCUCUUAAAUGUUCCACCAAGAAUGGCUAUUCCUACAUCUCCCCAGAGCUUCCUUGAGCUCUUCUGGAUGAUACUGGCACAGGUAUAACAGGCAUUUUUUUCUUAGGUUGAUGGAUUUAUAAUCAAGGUAGAAACAUUUGCUCAAAAUUAUCUGAAAUGCAUCAUAUAUCCAUUAAUUCAUCAACUCAAAACAUAUUUACUGAUACCUACCAUGGGUCAGGUCCAGUGAUAGGCACUGGGGAUAUAAUAAAAAUGACAAAGUUCUCUGGCCACAAAGAGCAACAGCUUGAGAAAUGAGAUUCCCACUCCACCUGGCAGGCCUGUCCACUGCACCCACCAAACCCUCCUAUCCCGGACAUCUUAAAGUGUCAAAUAUUUCCUCAGCCUGGGAAUGUGAACCCCAGCAGACACCCAGACCAGGAAGCAUAGGCUGUACUUUCACCAUAAUUAAUGUGGAGGGUGCAUAAAAAACCAAACUGAUGCUUCCAACAGGAAAACUAAAAUCUGUUUCUGAGGAGGUAGGGCUAAAAUAAAAGAGAUUGCAUUUAAUCUAAACCAUUUCCUGUGAGUUGGAUUUCUUUUUUAAAACUUGGCCGCCUCAUCAUCUUCUUAGUCACCUUUUCUCCAGGCUUAUUGGAGGCGUAGUCCCUCCUAGCAACCUCCCAUCUGCUAAAAAACAGAAUCAAGAGAAUGAAGAGCCUCGAUGAUACAUCUGUCACUGAGUGAAAAUAUUAGGAGAAAAGCAAUAAAUGUACUAUCCAUUUGCAUAAAACCUAUUAAUGCCCUCUUCAGACUAAUGAAAUGAAUUUUACAUCACGGAGAGCAGCUGUGAUCUGCUGUUUCUAGUAAUGAGGAGUAUUUGAAACAAUCUGCAAACCACUGUUGCUCCUAAUUGCCAAGCAACACCUUUGACUUUAGUUCUCUCCGAGUAAAAUACUCUUGUUGGCCAGAGGAAGAUUUAUCUGUUGGGCUCCUCUUUGCUCAAAACACUGUUAGGUUUCUUGGGUUCCUGUUUUUCUCAAGCUAGUGCAGAACCAUGGCAUUUCAAAUCUUUCUCUUCUGUAUUUUAAUCAAAACUAGUGCCUUUUUUUUUUUUCUUACUAUCAAUCUGAAACCAUUUUGAGGGGUAUAGUCUCAGUCAGGACUUUCCUCUCCAGUGUGCUGGUCCCGGGUUAACGCUGGCCAGGCAAAGCGACCUUCUGUCUGGCUGUACUAUAUGUAACCACCCAACGGGAGAGGUUUCUAGAGCCCAGCGGUUCGCGGCUCCCGCGAGGGCUGCACCGGGGCUGCGGCAGAGACUGGAAGGGGAUCUACCCGGAUUGGGAGGGGAGACGCGGAGAGGAAGGUGGAGAAGAGGAAUCAUGUGUGUUCCUCGAGCGUACACCCCCCCCCCCAUUUGAGUGACAAAUGACGAGGACAACCUAUAAAAACAACUAAGCGCAAAGCUACCUGCAUCUAUCUCCCUCUCCGUGCGUGUGCGUUUUCAACUAACUUUGGGAACUCGUUAAGACCCGGCAUCGCGCCCAGCGGAGCCUCGCCUCCACCUUGGUUUCCCGCGCCCUGCCUGCCCUGUUCGGUACCUCCUCUUCCUCCAGGCUAGGGAUGGAGGAUCCCUUCAGCCCCUCAACUCCGGCGCCGGCGCCCAACCUCUCCGUACCCAUCUCGCUGGGCUGGGGUCUCAACCUGACUUCCGGACAGGGAGCCCCAGUCCCGGGGCCGCCGCCGCCGCCGUCCGGGCCGCCCAGCCGCCGCGUCCGCCUGGUCUUCCUGGGGGUCAUCCUGGUGGUGACGGUGGCCGGCAACGCUACGGUGCUGUGCCGCCUGUGCGGGGGCGGCGGGCCCUGGGCAGGGCCCAAGCGUCGCAAGAUGGACUUCCUGCUGGUGCAGCUGGCCCUGGCCGACCUGUAUGCGUGCGGGGGCACCGCGCUGUCGCAGCUGGCCUGGGAGCUGCUGAGCGAGCCGCGCCGGGCCGCGGGCGACCUGGCGUGCCGCUUCGUGCAUCUGCUACGGGCAUCCGGCCACAGCGCGUCGGCCCACCUCGUGGCGAUCAUUGCCCUCGAACGCCAGCGCGCCGUGCGCCGUCCACAGGGCCCGCCGCUGCCCGCGCGCGCCCUCGCCGCCCUGGGCUGGCUGCUGGCGCUGCUGCUGGCGCUGCCCCCGGCCUUCGUGGUGCGCGGGGGCGCCCCCUCGCAGCCGCCCGCCGCGCCCCCGGCCGCUCGCGCCUGGCCCGGGGAGCGUCGCUGCCGCGACAUCUUCGCGCCGCUACCGCGCUGGCACCUGAUGGUCUACGCGCUCUAUGAGGCCGUCGCGGGCUUCGUGGCGCCGGUCGCGGUCAUGGGCAUCGCUGGCAGCCGCCUGCUCUGCGCCUGGCGGCAGCGCCCGCCCCAGGCCCCAUCGGCCGCGGCGCCCAGGUCGGCCAGUCCCGGCCAAGCCCCCGCGCCCAACGCGCUGCCCCGCGCCAAGGUCCAGAGCCUGAAGAUGAGCCUGGUGCUGGCGCUGCUGUUCGUGGGGUGCGAGCUGCCCUACUUCGCUGCCCGGCUGGCGGCCACGUGGUCGUCUGGGCUAAUGGGAGACUGGGAGGCCGAGGACCUAGCGGUGGCCCUGCGCCUCCUGGGGGUGGCCAACAGCGCUCUCAAUCCCUUCGUCUACCUGUUCUUCCAGGCGGGCGACUGUCAGCUCUGGCGGUGCUGGCGGAGGCGCCUGGGUGCAGUGUGCUGCCCGCGGGAGGGAGUCGCGGAGGACGACGAGGGCGCCCGGGGCCACCAGGCGCUCCACCGCCACCGCUGGCCCCACCCACAUUAUCACCACGCUCGGCGGGAUCAGCCGGAGGAGGGUUACUUGCGCCCACCCCCGCCGCGUCCCCGGUCGCUGCCCUGCUCCUGCGAAAGCGUCUUCUAGGUGUUCGUUGGCCAGAGUCAGGUCAUCUGUCGCUGCGGCACCGCUUCCACGGAACACGAGGCCGGCCGGGCUCUAUCUAGAUCACAACCGUCAGGACCGUCUCCAAGAGCGUUACACUGAAGCUGUCCCCAUCCUCCACUCCCCUAUUACAUUUCUUUCUAAUGUUUACAUUUUUCUACACUCUUCCAGGUUCUUUUCUCCUUUUCAGUUCUCACAUUUCCCCAUCUGGAGACAGAGAGUGAGCCAUUUGUUUGUAAAAGCAAAGUUACAGAGUUAUUUUUGUAGUUCUUUUUCACUCCCAUAGCAUUCUGGAUAAGACCAUUUGCUUUAGUUAAAUUGCCAAGCUUUCAUUACUUGCUGUGUUAUCAUCUGUUUUUCCUUGUUUGGGGUCGUGUUUAACUGUAGCUUGGGGACCAGAGAAUGUGUCUCUCUUUCCUGGAGGAAUAUCUUCACAUUGCCCUGAGGAGCCUGGAAAUUGUACCAGUGAUACUGUCAGAAAUGUAAUCUUGCUGUCACUUCAGAGCCACAGAGUAUUUGUAAAAUAAAAACAUUUCCCACAGAGCA